AUGAAAUGGAGCCAACAGCGCCUUGUGCACCGCUUGAGGCUGUUGUUGCGAGCGAACCUGCAGUCAGCACCGCACCAGCAAACGUGCACUCGCAACCGGAGAGCAGGAGCUGCCCAACCCAAGUCCCGGGAGGCACCCAUUGGCCGCCGCGGCCAAUGCAACCAGACCCUUAAACGAGGCUCUUUCGGGAAGCAGCUUCUGUCCAAUGGCCUCGGAUCCCGACAGGCAUGGCUACUCGACCGCAAACGCCAUUGCCGACCGGCCCAAGCACGGAAGGGCGAUCGGCUGCACGGCAUCCCUCCCACGCACACACGCACACACGCACACCACGUAGCUCAGAUGCCGUUGGAGGUUGGGUCUAGGAGCAGGCAGGCGGCACCGCAUCAAACGCACAGCAUCAAGCGCACAGCACCAAACGACCGCUGGGAUCACGCUUUCCACUCCUCGAUUCGUACAAACACGCAAGGCGAGUCCUUGACGGCCACAGUCCGAUGCCGUCGCCUGUCCCCUGAGCCGGGCUGCGUUGAUGCUGUCCAGUCAUGUUCUUCUUUACGUCGAGGCUGUUCCGUCUGCACGCCAAUGUCGGCGGGAGGGAGUGAUAACGCUGAUGAUAUGGGAGACACCACGCCUGCCAAUUAG